AUGUCUUCUACUUCAACAUUUUCAACUUUGCAAGAUAUCGGGAAGCAAACAACGUCCCAGUAUUCCUCUGGGUCACCCACUUGCUAUCCUCAUGAGUCAAUGACACAGGAGACCACUGAUGCGCAACCAUUUCCUGCUGCGGUUCAUCAGCCGUGUGCAGACACGUUUUCAACCUCCGAGGAAGAGGAGACAAUGGAGGUAAGGGAGGAAACUAGGGGUAACAUAGCUAAAUUAAUAAGGAUGCUAGCUAGUUUGGCUUGUUUUCAUGACACUGCUUUAGUCAGAUGAGCCAUGAGGCUUGGAGAAUAACAAACGCUGUUUAUGUUAAUUACUUUGAUGAUGCAAGCAACUUCUCUCUCUAGCUACUCAGAGGUUCAUAAUAACAGCAGAAGUUUGGUGCAUAAAAACAAUGCAUGACUUGUUCUAUUGUGUACUCCAAAAUAUUUGAUGUAGCUAUGUCUCAUACAGAAAAACGAUGGUGUGUUGACUGAAGAGGAAGUAUCCAGCUGUUUAUCCAACCUGGGACACUCUGCCACUGGACUAGAGCAUGUCUAUCAGUUCCUCUCUGCACCUGUAAGAACACACACUUCAGGUUGAUAAUAUGCUUUACAAGAGUAACUGUUUACCAUCAGACUAAUCGCAGAAGAUUAUCUAACAAAUCUGCUUACUUUCCAUUUGUGUUGCAUUUAUUUCCUUUUUUUGUUUUCUAUGUCAUGUGGAAUUCAAUUUCGGAAUAUGUCUCCAUCCAGGGUCAAAAUCUGAAAAAUGUAUCCAUCCUAUGCAAUUACGUCCACCUUCAAAAGCUAGAACUUCCUUACAACAAAAUAAAAGGUGUGUGUGUCUCAUAUUAACAAAUGCACUGUAUGCCUUGUUAUGUUUAUAAUUACUGAUAUAGAAAAUGUAGCUUGAUUAGCCUAAUUGAUUAAACUACGGUUAAUUUCUCAUCGGUGCCCUUGGAACUUCUUCUAGGCUUCUGGUCUGGAUAAUAACAGUUGUGUGUCUGGUGUUGCCAUCUCUCCCACUCUGCUCGCCCAACUCUCCUAAUGUUUGUUGACUGGUAGAUUUAUCCUGUGUAAGCCACAUGCCAUAUCUCAUCAUCCUGGAUGCCUCCCACAAUGAACUCACCGACUUCUUUGGAUUCCAGCCGCCCAAGAACCUCAAGGUGGGACCUUCAGCAGACAGGAUAAGACAACAGUUGAUUUGUGGCUUGGGGUUUCUGUAAGCCUAUAGUCCCAGAAGAUGGGCUCCAAUCAUCAUAGACCAUUUAUAGUGUCAUUCCAUAUGCUUACUAAGUAUUACCUACACUUGAAUGACAAGGAACUUACCAGGGUUGACUUCUUCUUGUUUAGCAAUGAGUUAUACAGUACUAGUAGAAUUUAUUAUACUAUGCAUACAUUUGGUCGUUUAUUUUCAUAUUUCUUCCUUGCAAAAAGCAUUUAAAGAUUGGUCCACUUGAAUAAUUAUUCAUGUUUGUUGUAUUCCGCAGGAGGUCAACUUUUCCCAUAACCAGAUGUCAGUGAUGACACAUUUGUCAGCCUAUUCGUCUCUGAGUAAACUGAAUCUGGACUGUAUCCUUUAAAAAAGCAUUUACACACACACACAAACGUCAAGUUUUUAUCUAGACUACUUCCUCGUUGCAUACCAUUCUUAACGUGUACCCUCUCUGGACAGACAACUGUUUCAGUGAGAUUGGUGGUCUGCUGCAUUGUGCCAGCCUCACACACCUCAGCCUGGCACACAACAAGAUCUCCCGUAUCAGUGGCCUGGACAACCUGCCAAUCAAAGACCUCUGUCUGGUAGGUCCUAACUCCUCCACCUGCCUCUUGAAUGAUUUCAUUUCUAACACUUUUCAUGUCUGUUAUAUAUGGAGAUAUCGCUUUACGUUAAUAAUGAUAUUGUUAGAAAGAUUCUUAGAGAUAAUAUUUUAGUUAUUAUGCUAAUGUAUUAAUAUGCCCAUACUGUUGUAUAGACGCAGCUCUCCAAGCACAUCUGUACUGUGGUUAGUGGUUGGUCUUAUGGUUUAAUUAAUAUGGCCUACAGACUAGCACGUGUUUUCCUGUGAAUCAGUUGUUUUCCGUUUUCACCUUGAUGUAUCUCCUCAUCACCUGGUGUCUAAAUUAUUCCAUUAUGUCAUCACUUUUCAAAAAGGUUAUUCCCCCAUUAUGGUGCCAGUUAUGCGUGCACACAAUAUUUUAGCACAUCUUUCUCUUCAAACAUGAUAACAGCAGGUGGUGAAUUUUUAACUCUUUCCCCCCGUCUCAUAUUUAAACCCCAGACAUAAUUGAGCUUCAGCUUUUCAAAGACACACCAACAUGAGCUCCAGGGUGAGAGCCACCAUAUGGCUGUACCAGCGGGCCUCCGGACCCUUCCCUCUCCCUCUCUGACAGAUGCUGGUGUCCUUUAUCAAAGUGAUUCCUCAUCGUCAGCACGAUGCAGCGUGUCCUCCCCUGUCCGGUUUCCCCCUCCCCUCUGGGGCCAGCUGCCGGCGGUGUCAGUGAGCCUGGACCAUGUUCAGCCACCCCCCCCCCCCCCUUUCUUCUUCCCUCACACCUCACCCCGUAGCAUCCCUGUUGACAGGGAACCAGCCGCUGUCUCCAUCUCCCCUCUCCCUUCCCUCUCAGCCCUCUCCUGCCCCGCUCCCUAACAGCGUGCUACAGUGAGGGAAAAAAGUAUUUGAUCCCCUGCUGAUUUUGUACGUUUGCCCACUGACAAAGACAUGAUCAGUCUAUAAUUUUAAUGGUAGGUUUAUUUGAACAGUGAGAGACAGAAUAACAACAACAAAAUCCAGAAAACGCACGUCAAAAAUGUUAUAAAUUGAUUUGAAUUUUAAUGAGGGAAAUAAGUAUUUGACCCCUCUGCAAAACACGACUUAGUACUUGGUUGCAAAACACGACUUAGUACUUGGUUGCAAAACCCUUGUUGGCAAUCACAGAGGUCAGACGUUUCUUGUAGUUGGCCACAAGGUUUGCACACAUCUCAGGAGGGAUUUUGUCCCACUCCUCUUUGCAGAUCUUCUCCAAGUCAUUAAGGUUUCGAGGCUGACGUUUGGCAACUCGAACCUACAGCUCCCUCCACAGAUUUUCUAUGGGAUUAAGGUCUGGAGACUGGCUAGGCAACUCCAGGACCUUAAUGUGCUUCUUCUUGAGCCACUCCUUUGUUGCCUUGGCCGUGUGUUUUGGGUCAUUGUCAUGCUGGAAUACCCAUCCACGACCCAUUUUCAAUGCCCUGGCUGAGGGAAGGAGGUUCUCACCCAAGAUUUGACGGUACAUGGCCCCGUCCAUCGUCCCUGUGAUGCGGUGAAGUUGUCCUGUCCCCUUAGCAGAAAAACACCCCCAAAGCAUAAUGUUUCCACCUCCAUGUUUGACGGUGGGGAUGGUGUUCUUAGAGUCAUAGGCAGCAUUCCUCCUCCUCCAAACACGGCGAGUUGAGUUGAUGCCAAAGAGCUCCAUUUUGGUCUCAUUUGACCACAACACUUUCACCCAGUUCUCCUCUGAAUCACUUCAGACGGGCCUGUAUAUGUGCUUUCUUGAGCAGGGGGACCUUGAGGGCGCUGCAGGAUUUCAGUCCUUCACGGCGUAGUGUGUUACCAAUUGUUUUCUUGGUGACUAUGGUCCCAGCUGCCUUGAGAUCAUUGACAAGAUCCUCCCGUGUAGUUCUGGGAUGAUUCCUCACCGUUCUCAUGAUCAUUGCAACUCCACGAGGUGAGAACUUGCAUGGUGCCCCAGGCCGAGGGAGAUUGACAGUUAUUUUGUGUUUCUUCCAUUUGCGAAUAAUCGCAACAACUGUUGUCACCUUCUCACCAAUCUGCUUGGCGAUGGUCUUGUAGCCCAUUCCAGCCUUGUGUAGGUCUACAAUCUUGUCCCUGACAUUCUUGGAGAGCUCUUUGUUCUUGGCCAUGGUGGAUUUUUUAAAUCUGAUUGAUUGAUUGCUUCUGUGGACAGGUAUCUUUUAUACUGGUAACAAUCUGAGAUUAGGAGCACUCCCUUUAAGAGUGUGCUCCUAAUCUCAACUCGUUACCUGUAUAAAAGACACCUGGGAGCCAGAAAUCUUUCUGAUUGAGAGGGGGUAAAAAUACUUAUUUCCCUCAUUAAAAUGCAAAUCAAUUUAUAACAUUUUUGACAUGCGUUUUUCUGAAUUGUUUUGUUGUUAUUCUGUCUCUCACUGUUCAAAUAAACCUACCAUUAAAAUUAUAGACUGAUCAUUUCUUUGUCAGUGGGCAAACAUACAAAAUCAGCAGGGGAUCAAAUACUUUUUUCCCUCACUGUACCUGUCAGCCAGCCGCCUCUCUCAGCCCAUCACACCCAGGCCUCGAGAGCUUCCAGGGCUCUGCGCGGUCACCGUCCCCCGCUGUCGGCAGCUCUCUGCCAGGCAGGCUAGCGGUGGAGGGCAUGGGGGCGCUGGGGCUGGAUCCUGGAUGACAGCCCACGCAGGGGGAAGGUGGGGUGAGGAUGGGUAGCUACAGAGGAGGAGGGAUGGUGGGUUAUAGAGGAGAGGAGGCCUGGUCUGUAGUGCUUUUGGCAUGCCCACACCAGUGUCUGGCCAGCUGUUCACCUGUCACUCAUCACCUGUCAGCCCGUACCAUUGGAGCUGGCCCGUCAAUCACACACACCGUCUCAUGGAGAAAUGUUUAACUCCUUACAGAUGGGGAAGGGAACACUGUAUGGUAACUUUGAUAGUGGGGGUGUGGGGUGGGUAUGUGCGUGUGACGUGUGUAUGUGUCUGUGUGUGUGCGUGUGACUUGGGUGUGUGUACGUGGGUGUGUGUAGGAGGAGGGUGAGUUGUGUGUUAGCUUGUGUACGUUCAUUGAUAUGUGUGUGUGUCAUGUAUCACAUCCUCUCUAUCCAGAGGGGGAAUCAGAUUGAGAAGAUAGAGAAUGUGGAGACUCUGAGAACACUGCAGGUCCUGGAUCUGUCUCUGAACCGCAUCACAAGUCUGUCAGGCCUGCAGAACCUCCAUCUGCUGGGCUCCAUCAACCUGGAGAGGAACCUGGUGAGCACAGUUCAUUCCUUAAUGUCCUGCUCUCUUGUCAACCUGGAGAGGAACCUGGUGAGCAAAGUUCAUUCCUUAAUGUCCUGCUCUCUUGUCAACCUGGAGAGGAACCUGGUGAGCACAGUUCAUUCCUUAAUGUCCUGCUCUCUUGUCAACCUGGAGAGGAACCUGGUGAGCACAGUUCAUUCCUUAAUGUCCUGCUCUCUUGUUAUCUGAUGUUUUUUGUGUAUGAUAUACUGUUCUCAGAUCAGUGAAAUUAAUGAGGCCACACACAUCCAUGACCUGUGCCUGCUCCGGGAGCUGAAUCUACAGAGAAACCCAGUCCAGGUAGCUGCACUGCACCUACACCCAGAACACAUCACUAAACUAACACCUUAUCUCCCUAAUGCUGUCUGCUUUCUCUGUACUGACAAUAGACAUAUCCAUGAAAAUGCUGCCUCUUUCACUGUCGUUUCAACCCCAGGAGCAGCUGGACUAUAGACUGGCAGUGAUCUUCCUCCUUCAACACCUGACUGUCCUGGACCAGGAGAAAGUCACAGCAGAGGAGAAGGUAGGUGGAUGUAUGAGAUGCUGAUCAGUGAUGGAACUUAAGGAUACUAGCCAGCUGGGCUAGUAGACUGUAAUUUCUACUAGCUCAGGUCCAAAAUCUGCUACAGUGGGUGAAAAAAGUAUUUAGUCAGCCACCAAUUGUGCAUGUUCUCCCACUUAAAAAGAUGAGAGAGGCCUGUAAUUUUCAUCAUAGGUACACGUAAACUAUGACAGACAAAAUGAGAAAAAAAAAUCCAGAAAAUCACAUUGUAGGAUUUUUAAUGAAUUUAUUUGCAAAUUAUGGUGGAAAAUAAGUAUUUGGUCAAUAACAAAAGUUUCUCAAUACUUUGUUAUAUACCCUUUGUUGGCAAUGACACAGGGCAAACGUUUUCUGUAAGUCUUCACAAGGUUUUCACACACUGUUGCUGGUAUUUUGGCCCAUUCCUCCAUGCAGAUCUCCUCUAGAGCAGUGAUGUUUUGGGGCUGUCGCUGGGCAACACAGACUUUCAACUCCCUCCAAAGAUUUUCUAUGGGGUUGAGAUCUGGAGACUGGCUAGGCCACUCCAGGACCUUGAAAUGCUUCUUACAAAGCCACUCCUUCGUUGCCCGGGCGGUGUGUUUGGGAUCAUUGUCAUGCUGAAAGACCCAGCCACGUUUCAUCUUCAAUGCCCUUGCUGAUGGAUGGAGGUUUUCACUCAAAAUCUCACGAUACAUGGCCCCAUUCAUUCUUUCCUUUACACGGAUCAGUCGUCCUGGUCCCUUUGCAGAAAAACAGCCCCAAAGCAUGAUGUUUCCACCCCCAUGCUUCACAGUAGGUAUGGUGUUCUUUGGAUGCAACUCAGUAUUCUUUGUCCUCCAAACAUGACGAGUUGAGUUUUUACCAAAAAGUUCUAUUUUGGUUUCAUCUGACCAUAUGACAUUCUCCCAAUCCUCUUCUGGAUCAUCCAAAUGCACUCUAGCAAACUUCAGACGGGCCUGGACAUGUACUGGCUUAAGCAGGGGGACACGUCUGGCACUGCAGGAUUUGAGUCCCUGGCGGCGUAGUGUGUUACUGAUGGUAGGCUUUGUUACUUUGGUCCCAGCUCUCUGCAGGUCAUUCACUAGGUCCCCCCGUGUGGUUCUGGGAUUUUUGCUCACCGUUCUUGUGAUCAUUUUGACCCCACGGGGUGAGAUCUUGCGUGGAGCCCCAGAUCGAGGGAGAUUAUCAGUGGUCUUGUAUGUCAUCCAUUUCCUAAUAAUUGCUCCCACAGUUGAUUUCUUCAAACCAAGCUGCUUACCUAUUGCAGAUUCAGUCUUCCCAGCCUGGUGCAGGUCUACAAUUUUGUUUCUGGUGUCCUUUGACAGCUCUUUGGUCUUGGCCAUAGUGGAGCUUGGAGUGUGACUGUUUGAGGUUGUGGACAGGUGUCUUUUAUACUGAUAACAAGUUCAAACAGGUGCCAUUAAUAUAGGUAACGAGUGGAGGACAGAGGAGCCCCUUAAAGAAGAAGUUACAGGUCUGUGAGAGCCAGAAAUCUUGCUUGUUUGUAUGUGACCAAAUACUUAUUUUCCACCAUAAUUUGCUAAUAAAUUCAUAAAAAAUCCUACAAUGUGAUUUUCUGGAAAAGAAAUUCUCAAUUUGUCUGUCAUAGUUGACGUGUACCUAUGAUGAAAAUUACAGGCCUCUCUCAUCUUUUUAAGUGGGAGAACUUGCACAAUUGGUGGCUGACUAAAUACUUUUUUCCCCACUGAAUGUGAUGAUGGAGAAGACAACAUUUCACCUGCAUCUCGGGCUAGCUUGGCAAAUGUUCUACUAGAUUUCCAUCCAUGUGUGUAAUACUGUGCCUAUAGCAAGUGGAGGAGGGGCAUCAAUAACUGAGUGGCAUGUUUUGCUAAUUGGGACAGUGGAUGCUAGCCUAGUAUGUUGUUUAUUAAAAACAAUGGGAUAGGCAUAUGUUUUAAUGAUACAUACAGUACUUCUAGAUAGGACUGACUUGAAAUAAGAUAUUUAUCGCCAUUGUGACAUAUUAACGUGUUCCCCAGGUGUCGACUGUGAACAAUAUAACAUAUGAACGUCUCCCCCCGUGUUCCGCAGGUGUCGACUGUGAACAUUGUGACAUUUGAACGUCUCCCCCCCAUGUUCCCCAGGUGUCAGCUGUGAACAUUGUGAUAUAUGAACGUCUCCCCCCCGUGUUCCGCAGGUGUCGACUGUGAACAUUGUGAUAUAUGAACGUCUCCCCCCUGUGUUCCGCAGGUGUCGACUGUGAACAUUGUGACAUAUGAACGUCUCCACCCACCUCCCCCGUGUUCCCCAGGUGUCGACUGUGAACAUUGUGAUAUAUGAACGUCUCCCCCCCGUGUUUCCCAGGUGUCGGCUGUGAACAAGUACGACCCUCCUCUGGAGGUGGUGGCGGCCAGGGAGCACAUGAGCCACAUGGUAUACCAGCUGAUGCAGCCUCAGGUCAUCUAUGAUAGGUAAAAACAGCAGGACCCGUCAACUACCCUGACUGGACUACCCUCCUCAUAACACGACUCUCAGCCAUACGAUGAAUAAUCUAAAUAAAGCUUACUUACUAAAUUAACUUGUGCUCGCAAUCUUUAAAAAUGAAGAACCCUAGCUUUUCUGACAUUUAUGCUCUAUUCAUACAUCAUAGAAACUGACCUAUCCCCUGGCCUAGAAAAUCAGAUUUUUCUGAUUGGCUAGUUGUCCUGAACAACGGGAAAAAGUACUUCCUAUACUUUUUAUCCUUGUGCUCUCCCUCUCUCUAAAUGGUGUACUAUAUCGUACAUGUGUUGCUGUGUGUGUGUUUCCCAGCACUCUACCCAGUCUGGACUCUCCCUACCCCAUGCUGGUGUUGACUGGGCCCCAGGCUUGUGGGAAGAGAGAGCUGGCCCACAAGCUCUGCCAAGAGUUUAACGACUUCUUCGCCUACGGGUGAGUCCCAAGGGCCAAAUGCCACCCUAUUUCUUACAUAAUAGUCCACUACUUUUGGCAAGCUGUGGCCAAACUCUGUGGGCUUGUAUGCAUCCAGAAUGCCACACUAGUCCUUAUAUAGUGUACCAGUUUUAGCUAGCUUUGCUUCUAGGGUUUUGUGCUCAUUGGAAUAGACUUUAUCAAAGGAUGCAGUUAGCUUAAAUAUGAGAAGGCCUGGUCACAGGUGAAGGCUAGGGUUAGGGUUAUUGUUUAGGAUGGUACUAAAUAUAUUUCCCCAUCCAUAGAUACAUGAUACUUCCAUACUGUUAAACCAGAUGUUUAGUACUUCCAACAUAUGAGUGAUGGCGAGUGAUAAAUAACCAGGUUCCCCACCACGGCAAUGGAAGAAAGAUACAUGCAGUAAAUAGAAUGGUAGAGAGAGCACGUAUACUGGAGCGCUGAAAUCAAAAGAACAUCUGCCGGACAUGGCUUGUCUGUGGCUCUCACCUCACGUCUGGUUUUAUUAGAAACCUCUAGACCAGGGCUCUCCAAUCCAGUUCCUGGAGAGCUACCCUCCUGUAGGUUUUUGCUCCAACCUCAGUUGUAACUAACCUGAUUCAGUUUAUCAACCAGCCAAUUAUUAGAAUCAGGUGCGCUAGAUUAGGGUUGGAGUGAAAACCUUCUGGAUGGUAGCUCUCCAGGAACAGGGUAGGAGAGCCCUGCUCUACACACACACACACACACACACACACACACACACACACACACACACACACUUCCCUCUACAUCCCAAAACCCACCACCACCAAGCCUCUCUCCUCUCCAGAGCUAACGUUAAAAACAGUUAAUAUACUUACCCCUCCUAAAUGACAAGAUCCAGUUGAUGUGGACAUUGGAGUGCUCCACCUCACCUCUAUAGGGGAGUCGGAGUGUGUGCGUGCAUGUGUGCAUGAAAGCGAGUGUGUGGCACGUGUCUGUCUAUAUGUCUAGUCUGUUCGUCUUUCUGUCUCGGUAUGUUGCAAUACCAUUAUGAUCCUUUGGAGUUUUGAUUAAUUUUUAAUUUUGGAUCAUUGUGCGCUUGUUGAUAUUUACUACAUUGAUUGAUAGGAACAAGGAACAUAAGCAUUUCGCUGCACCCACCAUAACACCUGCUAAACUGUGUACGCGUACAAUAGAAUUGAGUUGCUAGCUUGUAUUGCUGUAUUGUAUCCAUUUGUCUCUUGUUGUCACAGAGUCUGCCAUACCACCAGGGGUCCCUACUUUAGGGAAGAGGACGGGAGCGACUAUCAUUUUGUCACGGAGGAAGACUUUCAGAACAUGAUUCACAUGGUAUGUGUUUGAGAUUGACUACAUUGCAGUGUCACCUUGCAUCCCAAAUAACUAUCCGUUGUGUGAUCAACAUUAGCGAUUCUGCACCUCACCUUGCUCAAACUGAUCCCCUCAAACACACUGAUGGUGUGUCAGUCUGGUAUUCAUUUAAAGUAUUUCAAUUCGUAAAGAUAUAAUGUUAAGGUUAAAAAAUCUGUGGUUAGCCCUGUCCAUGACACCACCACAUAUUCAUCAUACUUCAGAAUUUAAAUAAACAGUAUGUUCAUCCAGCCAGCAAUUUAUUUGUGAAAAUGUGUGUAGCCUAGACAUGACAAGUCUUCUGGUUUGAAGUUUUGUAAGCUGUUCUCUUUGUUAACUCUAAAAGACAGUAAAUAAAUUGUUAUGUCAUACUGAGUUAUUAGCUACUUAAAUAUAUUUCCUUAUAUCUACAAUAUUAGACACUUCAAAGCACAAGAGUUAUCAAAUAUUCCCAAAGGAAGAACUCCUAGAUAUCCUACACGGGGGGGCCUGAGGUACUAUAGAGUAUGCCUGCCCGGCCAACUUUCUUUUAACUUGAGGCCCAUUCGUUUUUAUUUCUAAAGGUGAUUAUGUAAGUGCCGUGUGGCCUUUAUAAAUAGAGGUCUUUCUCACAGUGAUAUUUGGAGGGAAACCCUUUGAAGUGGGGAUUCUAACCAUGCACACUGUAAAGUCCAGAGGAAGUGUCUCAGGUGAAGUUCUCCAGACUGAAACCUUGAUGAAGACGGCUUGCUGUGGAAACCUGGGCAGCUUUUCCUUAGACAGACUCCUUGGAUCAUUCAGACCACAUCAGACCAGUUCAGAUGUGGACCCUUCCUCCCUUACCACAUACAUACAUCACAGACUCGUAUUCCCUACCACAUACACACACACACACACACACAGCUCCAUCCUGAAAAUGUGCCUCAAUCAGCAGUCCUUGUGCUUGUUGUAUUGUUCCACUUGGCCCGUCAAUAGAGUAACGAUAAGGGUGCUUUGUAAUUUGGGCCUGAUGGUUUCCAACCCUCUAAAAAUAGGGGUUGAAGUUAAACCAACUGUAGCACGACAAGGGUCAAGUUCCUGAGGGAGUCUCUCAAUAGGCUAUCAGUAGGGCACAACUUCUAUCAGAACAUCAACUAGAAAUGUGAUAUAUAUAGAAUGUGGACAUGAGAGCCUUACCAAUUCUAUAUGUUAAAUUUCUAUCUGAAUAUUGGGAAACAGUAUAGCCUACCUUGAGAGUAGGUUACAGUCCUCAGAGCUGUCCGUAGGGUCGUAAAGCGUGAUGGAUCGUAACGCUGAGCAUACCGGCCCCAGGUGCAAGUAGACGAGGGGUCAAAGGGCGCGGCUGUGUGAACUACAGGGUAGCAGGGGAAGUGAUGGUACCUCUGACUGCAGGGUCAGGAGUUUACCUCACAGGUGGGGACAUUAUAGCUGCGGUUGUUACUCUUCUCUGGACAUAGCAGUGUGUUCGUGUAGGACCCUGUAGGUUUUGGAAUAUGAAUUUGACUCUUAACUUUAAGUAAAUGUUGCACCCCACGAUAGUUGACUGUCCCAACUUACAGCUUUCUGUUAACUUUUCUUUUCUCUCUUUCUGUCUGUCCCCCCCCCCCCCCGUCUCCCUCUCUCCGUCUGUCUGUCUCUCUUUCUCUCCUUCUCCCUCUUCUCUCAGGGUAAAUUCAUCCAGACGAUGCAGUACGCGGGCCACUGGUAUGGUCUGUCUCGUGAGGCCAUAGAAGACGUGGCCAGGGAGGGCCUGGCCUGCUGUGUGCACCUGGAGCUGGAGGUUGGUGUCAACACACACACAUUCACAUAGCCCAGCAGUAUGAAAUUGAAAGGCUAAUUUUCUCUCUACUGUUCUCCCAGGGCGUGUUCAGUCUGAAGAACAGCCACUUUGAGCCGCGAUACAUCCUGAUGAUCCCCACAGACAAGGAGCAGUACGGCGGGCGGCUGAGGACCAGAGCUCUGUACACUCAGACCCAGAUAGAGACGGCUGUAGCCCGCGUGGACACAUAUGCCCUGAUCAACAGAGAACGCCCAGGCUUCUUCGACAACGUCAUCCCCUGUGGUACGUAG